UGAGGUCCCUGUGGGUGUGGCAAGAGGAAGAAUGACUGGUUGCUUCGUGGUUCUUGAUCCGGAACUUGUAGUCCGGGCACCCCGGAAGAGAUAGCUGGCGCGGAAGACGCGUGGUAGCUCUCUAGAAGCGAAGAACAGGGAAGGCGCGAGUUGGAAGAAGAGUUGUUUUAGAUGCCUUCCAAAUCUUUGGUCAUGGAAUAUUUGGCUCAUCCUGGUGCUUUCACCUUGGCUGCUGGAGUUGCUUGUGGUAUGUGCCUGGGCUGGGGCCUCCGAGUACGUUUUGGGAUGCUUUCCAAAGGCUUGACGAGCAAGACAGACACAGAGACAGGCACUGAAGCAAGCAUCUUAGGAGAAAAUGGGGAGUACAAAAUGAUUCUUGUGGUUCGAACCGACUUAAAGAUGGGAAAAGGAAAAGUGGCUGCCCAGUGCUCUCAUGCUGCUGUUUCUGCCUACAAGCAAAUUCAAAGGAAAAACCCUGAAGUGCUCAAACAGUGGGAAUAUUGUGGCCAGCCCAAAGUGGUGGUCAAAGCUCCUGAUGAAGAAACCCUGGUUGAGUUAUUGACCCAUGCAAAGAUGCUGGGACUGACUGUAAGUUUAAUCCAAGAUGCUGGACGUACUCAGAUUGCACCAGGCUCUCGAACUGUCCUAGGAAUUGGGCCAGGACCAGCAGACUUAAUUGACAAAGUCACUGGUCACCUAAAACUUUACUAGAAGGACUUUAUGAUGACAAUUCCUCUAUCACAUGUGCUUGAUGCCUGUCAAAUUUUAACAAUAAAAGCUGAAUUCUUCCCUCAAUUUAAAUAUUCUUGAGAUGAAAAUAAAGCCCAUUC